AUGGACGCAGUUCGUAGUGGUCCUUUUGGAAACUUGUUUAGACCAGAUAACUUUGUGUUUGGCCAGUCGGGUGCUGGUAAUAACUGGGCUAAGGGCCAUUACACCGAGGGUGCGGAGUUGGUCGACAAUGUUCUUGAUAUUGUCAGACGUGAGGCCGAGGGUUGUGAUUCUUUACAAGGCUUCCAAAUCGCUCAUUCUUUGGGCGGUGGUACUGGUUCUGGUAUGGGUACUUUACUUAUUUCCAAGAUCAGAGAAGAGUUCCCCGAUAGAAUGAUGGCUACUUUCUCAGUAGUUCCUUCACCCAAGGUUUCUGAUACCGUUGUCGAACCUUAUAAUGCCACUUUGUCUAUCAAUGAACUCGUUAAUUAUGCUGAUGAGACUUUCUGUAUUGAUAACGAGGCUCUUUAUAACAUCUGUCAACAAACCUUGAAGAUGCCUCAACCUACUCACGGCGACUUGAACCAGCUGAUUUCUGCUGUUAUGUCGGGUGUCACUACAUGCUUGAGAUACCCUGGUCAAUUGAACAGUGACCUACGUAAAUUGGCGGUUAAUUUGGUGCCUUUCCCCAGAUUACACUUUUUCACAGUUGGAUUUGCUCCUCUUUCUGCCAUUGGCUCGAAAUCGUUCCGUUCUUUGACUGUUCCUGAACUGACUCAACAGAUGUUUGAUGCCAAGAAUAUGAUGGCUGCUGCCGACCCCAGACUCGGAAGAUAUCUUACAGUGGCUGCUUUCUUCCGAGGAAAGGUGUCUAUGAAGGAAGUUGAGGACCAAAUGAGAAGCGUUCAAGAGCGUAACUCGGCUUAUUUUGUGGAAUGGAUUCCCAAUAACGUGCAAAGUGCCAUCUGUUCGAUCCCACCCAAGGGACUCAAGAUGUCGGCCACUUUUGUGGGUAACUCGACCUCGAUCCAGGAGCUGUUCAAGCGAGUGGGCGACCAGUUCUCGGCCAUGUUCCGCAGAAAAGCUUUCUUGCACUGGUACAUCAACGAAGGAAUGGACGAGAUGGAGUUCACCGAAGCCGAGUCCAACAUGAACGACCUCGUCUCCGAAUACCAACAAUACCAACAGGCCGCGGCCUACGAAGAGGAGCUCGACUACGAAGACGAGGCUCCUAUCGACGAAAUGUAA